UCAUGUGAACAACGAAGUCUGAAGUGAAGCCGGGGCAUGUCUCUGUUGUCAAAACAAAUGAAGGGUUUGAUAUGGGCAACUGCAGAGGACUUGGCUAGAAACAGAGGACAGGUUCUGUCUUUGUAUCGUCAGAUACGGAGAAGCAUCAAUUCUCCAAAUCUGCCUCUGAAUUUGGCUGCAAGACUCGCCAAGAAAGCAGAGGUCAAAGCCAUCUUCAUGUUGGCUUCCGAGGAGAGAUCACUGCAUAACAUUCAGGACCUCGUUGAUGCUGCCGACUACUCUCUAUCGCUCUUGAGGAACGGAGAGAUACCCAAGUAUAUUCAAUGAGGGUGAGUUCUUAUCUUUUGUUUUCCAACCCAUUUGGAUUGAUUAUGAUGUAAGCUGCUUGUUUGAUUGUGUUUAGAAUACGGAUUGUUGUUUGCUCUAAUUUUGAAUGUUACCCAAUUGUUGCUAGUUCUGAAACUCUUUGCAAGGUGUUUUCUUUUUGUUUAUUAAUUGUCUGGAAAACGAUUGUUAUGUUUUUGCAUUUAGAAAUUGCAUCAGGUUGUGAAUAACAGAUGAAUAUUGGAAAUCAUAAUGAAAAUUUCGAUACUGGCAGUGAGUCGUGAUUGGGUUUCAUAUAUAUGUUGUGGUGCUAUUUAAAAAGAUAAGGACUGUGUAGUGGAGAAACUAAUUAUAUACGCAUCAAAAUGGGCUGACAAUUUCAUUUUAGAAAUUUCAAUUCAUAUCUGUUGAUUGUUUACUUAUGCGCUUGUUAGUUGCAUUUGUUGUAUUAUGAUCUGAGAGUUGCCAUUAUCAUUAUCAACUGGGCUUUGUAGAGAAGUCGUGCCAAGAAAUACAUGUGUUUCUGGAAAAUAGAUUGUCGAGGGUAAACAUCUUUUGAUGUUGAACUAAAAAGAUGCGUUGUAGGAUUCUUUAUUCAGCCCAGUCGUGUUUGUUAUUUUGCUAAAUGAUACUUUCUUUGGUAUUGACUGAUUUUCCAUUUGAUUUGGUUUUCUUUUUUGGUCAGCUGGUCUUUCAUUGUAUUUGCUCAAUGUUUAUUUCUUACUAUUGAAUGUAAUACUGAUGCACAAGAUGAAAUCGAACUUACAAAAAUUUACAUUCUCAACUUCCGUAUUAAAACUUUAACCAGUGGACCAAAAUUCUAGCAUAUGCUCUUUACAUACAAGGG